AUGUCAUCAACCAUGAAACCAACCGUUGUUCUUGUCACUGGUGCUAACAGAGGUUUGGGUUUUGAAGUUGUGAAGAAGCUUGUGGCUGCUUCAACUGAUCCCAAUAAGAUUAUUAUUCUACUUGGAAGUCGUAAUCUACAACGAGGACAAGAAGCAAUUUCUCGAUUGGGUUCGCCGCCGAAUGUACACUUACUUCAAUUGGAUACUUCGUCACAAGAUAGUAUCGCUCGUGCUACUAAAGAAAUCGAAGAAAAAUAUAAUGGUUAUCUUAAUGUUCUCAUCAAUAAUGCAGGCAUAGCGAAGCGAGAAAGAAGGAUCGAUGUAGCUCGGGAAAUAUUUGCUACUAACUAUUAUGGUGUCAAAAUGGUCAAUGAGUAUAUGUUUCCUCUUUUGGGAGAAAAUGCUCGCAUUGUGAAUGUGUCAAGCGAAAAUCAAUAUUCGUCCCCGACAUUGACAACAGAAGAAUUGGAUCAACUUGUUAAAGAUUUUCUUUCAGCUAUUGAACAAGACAAACUCGAUAAAAGUGGUUAUGAUCCUAAAUCGCCGUUGUUGAUUUAUGGCGUAUCUAAAGCGGCUCUCACAGCUCUCACUCGAAUCGAAGCACGUCAAUGGUCGGCUAUUAAGAACGUUUUGGUACUUGCUGUGUGUCCUGGUUAUUGUGCUACCGAUAUUACUAAUCAUGCACCUGGAGCUCGUCCUGCUGAACUUGGUGCCGAUUCUAUCCUUUAUGCAGUCAACACUUCACAAAAUGAACUUGAAAAUGGUGCUUUCUAUCAAGAUGGAGUAAAGAAGCCGCAAGUUAAUGCAUGCACAAUAAACUAA